AUUAAGCUUCUUAAUGAAAACAGAUUUCUGAGCAUUGCUGAAGCAUUUUCAUGGGAUUCUGGAAAUUAUUCUUGUAAAGGCGUGAAUCAAGUUGGCGAGGAAAAAUUGAACUUUAAAGUUUCAGUUUUGUCUCCACCGAAGUUUGUAAGAUAUUCAGUUGAACCGCUCUUACACACAAAUGAUUUCAAGAAUUCGAAACUAAAACAUGACAGAAGAGAACGCAACACAAUUGUUGUUAAAGUAAUGAAAGACGAAGACGUAACUUUGGAAUGCUUGACUGAAAGUUCACCAAAAGCGAAAGUUCACUGGCUGAAAAUUGACUUUUAUGAUUCAAGUAAAAAUAUUCUUUUGGAUGAAGAUGAAGAAAAUCUUUUUAUUAAAUCGAUUAAGGAAUCGUCAAGUUUCAUGUGUUACAUCAACAACACUGUUGGAAAUGUCCACAAAAUAUUUCAAAUCGAUGUUCAGUACGCCCCAAAACUUGUUGGCGAUGAGAGAACAGAAGUGAAACAUUCAAUUAAACUCCAUCAUGGUGUUAAUUUACUGUGCAAUGUUGAAGGAAAUCCUGAACCUCAGAUUCAAUGGAUGUUUAAUGGAACAAAAAUUCUCAAUUCUGACAAACGAUUCUACUUCUCAAACGACAAUCAAAUCAUGAGAAUUAUUGACAUAAACAAAAGCAAUCAAGGAAAAUUCUUAUGCAAUGCUGUAAAUGAUUAUGGAAGAUUGCAAAGAGUUUUCUAUGUUAAUGUUGAAGUUCCAAUUCAGUGGUCAGCUUUUGGUCCAUGGACAAUUUGCAGCGUGUCAUGUGGUUCUGGUGGAAUUCAAUAUCGAACGAGAAUCUGCCUUCUUACAAAUGGUUUACCAGCAACUGCUGAAGAUUAUCAUUGCGUGGGUGAGAAUGUUGAAUCACGUAAAUGUAACCAGCUUGCUUGUCCAAUUAAUGGCGGUUGGGGAAAGUUCUCAGAAUGGUCGAAAUGUCCAAAAUGUAUCGAUGAUGCAAUUCAUGAACUUCCAGUCACAUCAAAACGUGUGAGAAAAUGUGAUUCACCUCAGCCUUCAAAUGGUGGUUUGGACUGUUCUGGAUCUGAAAUCGAAGAACUUGAAUGCAAGAUUGAUUUCUGUCCAGUUCAUGGCGGUUGGUCGAAAUGGAGUCCUUGGAGUGCUUGCAGUAAAACAUGCGGAAGUGGUCAUAGAACACGAAAGAGAGAAUGCAACAAUCCUUCACCAAAGUACAACGGAACAAGUUGCAGAGGUGAAAACGUGGAAUUCGAAGAAUGCAAAAUGAAACUUUGCUUAGCACAAAACCUUAAAAAAUCUUUUCGUUCUGACUAUGAAGAUGAUUUCGAAGAGAAAUCGAAUGAGUCACGUGAAAAGUACAAAGAACUUGCUGAACUCGAGAUUAAAGAUGAGAAAGGAAAUGUUCGAAAUUUUCAAUUUAUGAAUCAUCGUGAAAUUGAAUUUUCAUCACCAAUUCGUGACUUGAUGGGACCAAACAUUCCAAAAAUUAUAGUCACUUUGGACACUUACAAGCCGAUAUCUGAAGAAACAUUUCUUGAACAUUUAAGUCGUCUUAGAGUUGUUCAUGAUGAAGCACAAACAGAAAGUUCAUCAUCAAAUAAUCUCGAAUUAGAUUCAACAGAAAGUGUUGGAAAAGUUCGUAAAAAAUGCAUUCGAGGCUUUGCAUACAACACAAAUAAUGAUCAAUGCGAAGACAUCAACGAAUGUGAAGAGCAACAUCAAAAUAAUUGUAAACAUGACGAAAAAUGUGUCAACGUUUUGGGAAGUUUUCGAUGUGACAAAAAGCCACAACGAAGAAUGAAAUCAUGAAUCGCUUAAGUACAACAUAUUUUAUUACCAAUAAUUCUCUUUACUUUAUGUUAUUAUGCUUU